GCCGCCAUGAUGGUCACGUGCGCGGAACUGGGCCCCGUCGCCUAGCAACCGUCGCUACAGGCCUGGGCGGCCCGGCGCUUUUUUUCCCGAGAUCCUUUUCUGGAUGCCAUCAUGAGCGACCAACUGAAAUUCAUCGUUGAGAAGCUCAACAAAGAGCCCUUCAAAAAGAAUUUCAACUUGAUCACUUUUGACUCUCUGGAAUCAACGCAGCUCUUACAGUUGCUGAGCGAUGUCCUGGGUGAGAUUGACCCCAAGCACAUCGUUGAUAUUAGAGAAGAAUUGCCGGAACACACAGCAAAACGGAUGUUGACCCUGCUCGGCAUUCUUAAAUACAAACCUCCAGGAGGUACCAGUGACUUGAGCACCUUCCGUCAAGGGUUAGUUACGGGAAGCAAGCCCGUCAUUCACCCUGUCCUGCAUUGGCUCCUUCAGAGGACCAGUGAGCUGAAGAAAAGGGCCUACCUGGCCCGCUUUCUGAUCAAGAUCGAUGUGCCAACCGAGUUCCUUCAUGACGACACGGUGGCUGAUACCAACAGACAGUACGAAGAACUGAUGGAAGCUUUCAAAAACUUACAUAAAGAAUGUGAACAGCUCAGGACCUCUGGCUUUUCAACGGCAGAAAUAAGAAGGGAUAUCACCGCCAUGGAAGAGGAGAAGGAUCAGCUGAUGAAGCGAGUAGAACGGCUGAGGAAGCGGGUAGAGACGGUGCAGAACCAUCAGCGGAUGCUCGAGAUGGCCAGGCAGCUUCGGGUGGAGAAAGAGAGGGAGGAGAACCUCGCCCAGCAGAAGCAAGAGCAGAAAAACCAGCUUUUUCACGCAGAGCAGCGACUGCACCGAGUUCAGCUUCAGCUCAAGGAUAUGCGUCAUGCAGCCGUGGAUUCCAAGCCAGAAAGCUUAAUGAAGAGUCUAGAAGAAGAGACAAAGUUCAACACUUAUUUGGUCUCCGAGAAAUUUCCCAGAGAGCUGGAAACGAAGAAACAGUCGUUGCUCCUCCUGCAGAAAGUGGUAGCCGAGCCAGCCAUGGGCCAGUCGGAUCUCAACGAGCUGGAAGCCAAAAUAAAGGAGGUCAACGCCCAAAUCAAUCAAUUGAUCGAGAAGAGGAUGAUGAAGUACGAACCCAUCGAUAGUAAAUUUUCGAUGUACCGGCAACAGGCCUCCAUCAUCUCGCGGAAGAAAACCGCCAAGGCGGAGGAACUUCAGACGGCCAAGGAAGAGAUCACCAACUUGGAGAGACAAAUGAUACAGAAGUCGAGCCAGGCUCGGGAAUUGGACGGGACAGAAGUCUUGAAAGGCGAUGAGUUUAAGCGGUACGUUAACAAGCUGCGAAGCAAAAACACCCUUUACAAGAAGAAGCGCCUGGAAAUAGCCGAGAUCGCGGCCGAGUAUGGUAUCCUGCAGCGGACGGAAGAGCUCCUGAAACAGCGGCACGAAGACAUCCAGCAGCAAUUGCAAGCCAUCGAAGACAAGAAAGGGAUCUCCGGCUACAGCUACACCCAGGAGGAGCUGGAGAGGGUGUCGGCCGUCAAGAGCGAAAUGGAUGACAUGAAAGGGCGAACUCUGGACAACAUGUCUGACAUGGUGAAAAAACUGAACACCUUGGUAGCCGAUAAAAAGUCAAGCUUGGCCCCAAUCAUCAAAGACCUCAGGCAGCUGCGACAAAGAUGCCAGGAAUUAACCCAGGAAUGUGAAGAGAAAAAAUCUCAGUACGACAGUUGCGCCGCUGGUUUGGAAAGCAAGCGUUCCUCCCUGGAGCAGGAGGUGAAGAGCCUUCGGGAGGAGUGUUUACAAGAAGAAAGUAACUACCAUCAGGUCAACUGCAUGAAAAUGAUUUCCGAAGCACAGCUGCAGCGUGUCAAAGACGAGGUGAAAAUGUACGUUUCUUCGGAUCAGCAGGAAAGAAAGAAGGCAGUCAGGGACCAGUAUUCCAAGAUGAUCACCGAACAAGAGAACCUUGGAAAGAAACUGCGAGAGAAGCAGAAAUCUGUCCGGGAAAGCCACGGCCCCAACCUGAAGCAAGUCAAAAUGUGGCGAGAUCUCCAGCUUCUGAUGGCGUGCAAAAGAGAGUGUUUUCUCAAGCAGCAGAACCCGGCUUCGGUGGGCCAAGUCAUUCAGGAAGACGGGGAAGAUCGCCUGGUCUUGUGAACGCAACUUGCCCGACAUCCAAGUCAUCCCGAAAGAACCAUUUUUCUUCCUUCAGCAAAUCUGUGACGAAUGUUGGGCAGGGUUUAUAAUGGUUUCGAUGCAAAUAAUGAGAUUUGCCGUGCUUCAGGAGUUUUAGCUAAAAUGUUCUGGACUUGACUAGAACAGGGUUGGGGGUGGGUGGGCUUUGUUCGUUCCUUCUUAAAAGUGGGUGGGGGGGAGAAAAUCUUUGAUUCUGCUGAUGGAUGGACCGGUCGACAGUCAGCCAAGGGGUUAAAGCACUGAGAAGGUGGCGCAGAUGCAAUUCCGUUCCAAUGUAAGAGUCAUUCCAGAGAAGGAGGGAGACAAAACAAAAAAUUCAGGAUUUAGGAUAGUUUCGAUCUACAUCCGGGGUUGUAGACGAUGCGACGCCAAGCCAGGUUCAAGUCCCACAGGUCCUCACCAACAUCAGUUUUCAUCCUUUUGGCCCAAAAACAGUGAAACCGCUUCUUAAAUUUCCCUUUCACAAUUCCAGUAACCGAGUUGAAGGAGGACUUUUGAAUUUUUUUGAAGGGGAAAAAAAAAAAACAACGCACAAAACACAAGGAAGUAGUGGACCAAGCUUCCUGUAAGCCCACAGAUGCGUCAACCCCGAUGGAGGCCUUGAUUCUCCUUGGAGCUGCCCCCCCAUGGACCCACCUGGUUGCUGAAAGACCAAAACGCAGGAGGCACAAUUUCCUUAAUUCUCCCGGAUCCAAACCAAAGCCUCAGCACGUAGAACCUAAAGCUCCUCGGUCUUUUCUCAUUCGCUUGACUUUUAGCAAGCCCACUUCCGAAUAUUUUAUGUUUUGUGUUGAAUUUUUUAAAAGAUAUUCCCUUCUCGGGCUUAUAUUCCCUCUCCGACUUUCUGGUCGGCGUUCCGCAUGCGUGCCCUUUCUCUCUUCAAACUGGCUAAUCCUUGUUUGUCCUUCGCCUCCAAGACAAUAAAGUUAUUUGUAGCCUGUC